UUGAAUCGAAUCACACAAGAAAAAAAAUAAGAAACAAGAACAACUGGGUUUCGCUAACCUAGCUUGUUUUUUAUUUUUUCACUUUCUAUGAAGAUAACAGCUUUCAUGAUAAGAUCUUUAUCGUUAUCUAUGAUCUACCAAGUGUAAAGGUCCUUUGACAUUGACAGAUAUAUAAAUGAUUCCUUUAGAAUUUUAACUUCUCAAGACACCAUAUUUCGUUUGAUUUUUGCUAUCUUUCUUUUUUUGAUUCAACAAAAUGAUUUCGCUAAGUUUCAUCAUACGUUUAGCAAGCCAAGAGAUCAGACGAAACAAAAGGUACGAAACUAACAUAAAGGAUCGUCUUAUCUCGGGUGAAUUAUCAGACGGUAGCAGACGAGCCAGGGAUCAAAACGAUGUCCCGAGAGGACAUCUUGCGGUCUACGUGGGCGAAGAGAUGCAAAGGUUUGUGAUACCAACCAAGUAUCUUCAAUAUCCUGAAUUUAGGACUUUGAUGGAUGAAGUAGCAGAUGAGUUUGGGUAUGAACAUGAAGGAGGGAUUCAUAUUCCUUGUGAAGAAAGUGUUUUUGAAGAGAUUUUGAUUAGAUACAUGUCUUGUGACAAGAAGAAACAAGUGUACAGAUAAAUGUAAUUAUAUAAACCAUAUUAACUUAUUUUUCUCUU